AUGCCGGCCGCAAAGAAGAGAAAGACGAGGUCUUCGGCCCAACCGAUUGGUGAAACGGAGCCUGAGGAAGUGCCAACACAGGCACCCGAGAUAGAAGCAGUACCAGAAGAAGCCCCAGAGCCCCAGAAGAAGACUGCAGAUACAGAAGACCACAUCCAAGAGGAGCAGAGUGCAUCAACUACACCACAGCCAGCUGCGGCAGCCGCCGCCUCCUCUUCCAGCACGACAUCAGCGGCAGACCGAAUGGCGCGGUUCCGCGCUCUGCAGGCGCGGGCCAAGAAGUCAUCAUCGCAGAACCUAGCCGAAGCGACCAAGGAAUCGCAACGCCUGGCCUCGGACCCGGGAGCGCUGGCGUCGCUACAGCGCAAGCGCGACACGGCGGCCCAAAAACUAGCCAAGGCCGAGGCCGAAGAAGCCGGCGAGGACUUUGAGCGCAAGCGCGCGUGGGACUGGACCGUCGAGGAGUCGGAGCGCUGGGACAAGCGGCUCAAGAAGCGCGCGGCCGCCCGCGACAAUGCCGCGUUUGCCGACUACGCCGUCGAGGGCAACAAGGCCUACAAGCGGCAGCUCAAGAACAUGGACGCCCCCGACAUGGAGCGCUACGAACGGGACAAGAUGGCCGCCAUUGAAAAGGCGGCCGCGAGCGGCGGUCUGGACAUUGUCGAGACCGAGGACGGCGAGCUCAUUGCCGUGGACAAGGACGGCAGCUUCUACAGCACCGCCAACUCGACGGGCUUUGUGGACAAUAAGCCCGACAAGGCGGCUGUCGACCGGCUGGUGGCCGAGAUGCGCAAGGCCGAGGAGAACCGGUUCAAGAAGCGCAGAGAGCGUAUGGAGAAGAAUGGCGACGACGGCGACGUCACGUACAUCAACGAGAAGAACAAGCAGUUCAACCAGAAGCUGGAUCGGUUCUACAACAAAUAUACGGCCGAAAUCAGGGACAGUUUCGAGAGAGGUACAAUGAUUUAG